CCCGAGCAAAACCCUCGUAUUUUCCUCGUAACUCACAUUGGCUUCCAUUAGAGGCUUGCAUCCGAGCUCACUAUACCCCAAUCCCAGCUGUUGUUGUCCUAGAAUCCAACGGCCGGCGAGAUACCUUACCGUAAGAGCGCAGGUCUUAUCACCGGCAAAUAGAGAAAGUGAAGAUAAACAGAGAUGCGGCCUCUAGAUGAGAAGGAAACAACAGCAGUAUUCGAGAAGCUCUUCAAGUUUACAGGCAAUAACCUCAAGAACAUAGUGGAGAGCCCAUCGCAUGAAGGUCCAGAUGACAAACCAGGCCAUUACUGUUUUCGCCUCCAAAAGAACAAAGUGUAUUAUGUAAGUGAAGCCUUAGUGAAGCGAGCCACAAACAUCGACCGCAACAAGCUUGUCUCCCUUGGCACCUGCAUUGGCAAGUUCACCAAAGGUGGCAGCUUUCACCUCACCAUCCAGUGUCUCAAUCUCUUGGCUGUUAAUGCAAAACACAAGGUUUGGUUGAAACCCACUUCCGAGAUGUCCUUCUUGUACGGUAAUCACGUUUUGAAGGGUGGUUUGGGGAGGAUUACAGAGAACACAGCAGCAGGUGAUGGGGUGGUUGUGUUCUCCAUGUCAGAUGUGCCAUUAGGGUUUGGGAUUGCAGCCAAGUCAACGCAGGAUUGCAGGAAGUUGGACCCGAAUGGGAUUGUUGUGUUACAUCAGGCAGAUAUAGGAGAAUACUUGAGGAUGGAGGAUGAUCUUUGAAGUAGACUUGCCCUUGUCAGUUGGUUUCUGUGGGGGGUUUUUUGUACUUGUAACAUGGUAGAUGUUAAUGAAAAUUUUUGAUGGGUUUCAUUGAGUAUUUUUUAAUCUUGACUCGUAAGUUUAAUUGCAUAUAUAGUAUGCAUGGUUUCAGUUGAAUUGAAUUUCCCUUUUAUGUUUCUUUUGCUGAUCA